CAUUUUGCUCAUUUUGUCAUCUCGUAUGACAUGUGUCACUUUGUCUCGAGAAUGUUUAUGGUGCUGUUAAAAACGCUCGAAUUUAUAUGUUCAGGCCAAAUUACUAGCUUUCACAUAGAUGGUAGGAUCAACUAGAUGUGCUACACGCGUGCGCCCGUGAGGGACACAAUAUACGCAAUGCACCAAAUUAAAAACACCUUUUAACAUUCGUGACAACAUACCAAAAACCAACUACGUAAUUUGGUUGGGUUAUUUGUUGCCCACCAUGCCGUACAAAAAUUUACAGUGAAAAAUAAAUAAAAAUUGACUAUGACAGGGACAAACAAUCAUAGCGCUUUCUCUGCUCCUCGUACUGAAAGUUCCGUAAGAGCAUCUUGUUCGGUCAUCUGCCAGCUCUAUUAUUUCAUCUCUAUACAUAUUGUACCUCUAUGAGCUUUCAAUAUAUUUAAAGAACGGCGUCCACAGAUGGUAUGGAAGGCACUAAGACAUUCGUGUUGCCAAAGAGCAUAUAAUCACUACGUUCUAAUCGUGCGUCUUGCAUUCGUGGCGUAGACAAAUAUUGUGACAGUGCUGUCAAUUUUUAAAUUAUCGCUGUUGUUGGUUAGAUUAUUGUUAAUAAUGGCUAGAACACUAUCAAGAAUAAUUAAGACUACGAGAGCAUCAUUAGGAGAUACUAUCCCUUUCGCGAGCAGCAAUUAUUUGUCAGUGCGAUUCCAGCAGACGACAGGGAAACAACAGGGUGGACCGCUUUGUGACAGCGACAGAAUUUAUACGAAUUUGUAUGGCAGGCACGACUGGCGACUUGCAGGUGCCUUAUGUCGGGGUGAUUGGUACUUGACUAAAGAGAUCAUCUUAAAGGGCCCUGACUGGAUUAUUAAUGAAAUGAAGACUUCAGGCCUUCGAGGCCGUGGUGGUGCGGGUUUCCCCACUGGCAUGAAGUGGUCCUUCAUGAAAAAACCAUCUGAUGGUCGUCCCAAGUACCUCGUCAUAAAUGCUGAUGAGGGUGAGCCUGGCACGUGCAAGGACAGAGAGAUUAUACGCCAUGACCCCCAUAAGCUCAUUGAAGGGGCCUUGCUCGCUGGUGCUGCUAUAGGCGCACAUGCUGCCUAUAUUUAUAUCAGAGGCGAGUUUUACAAUGAAGCUAACAUUCUUCAGAUGGCGAUUGCCGAGGCCUACCAAGCGGGUCUCAUUGGUAAGAAUGCCUGCGGCUCUGGUUUUGACUACGAUGUGUUUGUGCACCGCGGCGCUGGUGCUUAUGUCUGUGGCGAGGAGACUGCCCUCAUCGAGUCCAUAGAGGGCAAACAGGGUAAACCACGGCUGAAGCCACCGUUCCCAGCGGACAUUGGUCUUUUCGGAUGCCCUACUACAGUGAACAAUGUGGAAACUAUUUCUUCGUCACCAACGAUCCUCCGACGCGGUGGGGCCUGGUAUGCGUCACUCGGUCGACCACGUAACAAUGGCACCAAGCUAUUUAACAUCUCAGGUCACGUGUGCACGCCAUGCACCGUCGAGGAGGAGAUGAGCAUCCCGCUCAGACACUUGAUCGAAAUGCACGCUGGUGGUGUUUUGGGGGGAUGGGAUAACCUGUUGGCGGUUAUUCCUGGAGGAUCAUCUUGUCCUCUUUUACCUAAACACAUAUGUGAUACAGUACUUAUGGACUACGACGCCAUGGUGGCGGUGAAUUCAUCUUUCGGCACAGCAGCGAUGAUAGUUAUGAACCAGCAGACUGACAUAGUGAAAGCCAUUGAUCGGCUGCUCACGUUCUAUGCACAUGAGUCCUGUGGCCAGUGCACGCCUUGCCGCGAGGGUGUGGGCUGGAUGAAGAAGAUUAUCCAAAGAAUGGUGUGCGGAAAUGCUGCCUUGAAGGAAAUCGACAUGCUGUGGGAAAUGUCUAAGCAGAUUGAAGGUGAAUUUCACAUGAAGCUGAUGAAGAAAAGAAAUAAGGACUUAAUUGAGUCGUUAAACCUCAUGGGUAGCUCUAGUAUAACUAGUUAUUUUUUUCUUAUUAUAGGGCACACGAUUUGUGCAUUAGCUGACGGCGCUGCAUGGCCGAUCCAGGGCCUUAUCCGCCACUUCAGACCCGAACUGGAGCGCCGUAUUAAUGAGUAUGCCUGUUGCUUUGGCCCAAGCAAAGCUGAGCGCUGCUUUUAAUACGCGUGUAAAAAUCAUGAACAUUAUAAGAACUUGAAAAGAAUUUCGUAGCUAGUUCCAUACGGCAUCUUCAAAUGUUGAUGUCGAUCAGAUCAGAAGAGGUAGAGUUAUUGUGUUUGAACAAAAUCUUGUACUGGUUUGGUGAUGUGCAAUGGCAA